GGGGCCGGCGGGGCGCGGGCGGCCCCGGGCCGCGGCGGCCGCCGCCCCGAUGAGCGGAUGAGGAGCGGGCGCGGCGGCCGGCGGUGCCUGGGCGGGGAGCCGGGUGCGUGCGCCAUGAACCCCGAGUUGGCGAUGGAGCCGCUGGGCAGCCUGCACGGGGCGGCGGGGCACGAGCCGGAGCUGAUGGGCAGCCCGAGCCCGCACCACGGCGGACGCGGCGCGGGGCCGCUCCGGGUACCGCCCCCGCCGCCGCCGCCGCCGCCGCCGCCGCCGCCGCACCAGGAGCUGCCCCCCGCCGCCCGGCCCGCCAUGGUGCCCAGCAUGGCCUCGCUGCUGGACGGCGCCGCCGAGUACCGGCCCGAGCUGUCCAUCCCGCUGCACCACGCCAUGAGCGUGCCCUGCGAGGCCUCGCCGCCCGGCAUGGGCAUGAGCGGCACCUACACCACGCUGACGCCGCUCCAGCCCCUGCCGCCCAUCUCCGCCGUCUCCGACAAGUUCCACCACCCGCACGCCCACCCGCACGCCCACCACCACCACCACCACCACCACCAGCGCCUGCCGAGCGGCGCCGGCGGCGGCUUCGCGCUGAUGCGGGACGAGCGCGGGCUGCCGGCCGUGAACAGCCUGUACGGGCCCUACAAGGAGGUGCCGGCCGUGGGGCAGAGCCUCUCGCCGCUGGGCAACGGGCUGGGCCCGCUGCCGGGCGCCCAGCAGGGCCUGCACGGCUACGGCCCGCCGGGCCCCGACAAGAUGCUGAGCCCCAACUUCGAGGCGCACGCGGCGAUGCUGGCGCGGGGGGAGCAGCCGCUGCCCCGCGGGCUCGGGACGCCCCCGGCCAUGCUGCCGCCGCUGAACGGCGCGCACCACCCCGCGCCCCCCGGCCCGCCGCCCCCGCACGGCCCCGCGCUGCCCCCCGGCCGCGACCGCCCGCCCCCCGCCAACGGCCCGCAGGGCAGCGGCGCGGGGCAGCUGGAGGAGAUCAACACCAAGGAGGUGGCACAAAGGAUCACGGCCGAGCUGAAGCGCUACAGCAUCCCCCAGGCCAUCUUCGCCCAGCGGGUGCUGUGCCGCUCCCAGGGGACCCUCUCGGACUUGCUGCGGAACCCCAAGCCUUGGAGUAAACUCAAGUCCGGCCGGGAGACGUUCCGCAGGAUGUGGAAGUGGCUGCAGGAGCCGGAGUUCCAGAGGAUGUCGGCCCUGCGGCUCGCAGCCUGCAAACGCAAAGAGCAAGAGCCCAGCAAGGAGCGGAACAACUCCCAGAAGAAAUCCCGCCUGGUGUUCACGGACCUGCAGCGCCGAACGCUCUUCGCCAUCUUCAAGGAGAACAAGCGCCCCUCCAAGGAGAUGCAGAUCACCAUCUCCCAGCAGCUGGGCCUGGAGCUCACCACCGUCAGCAACUUCUUCAUGAACGCCCGCCGGCGCAGCCUGGAGAAGUGGCAGGACGACCUGAGCUCCGGGGGCUCCUCCUCGGCCCCCGGCGGCUGCCCCAAGGCCUGAGGGGCACGGCCGGCGCGGCGCGGCGCGGCAGAGAGAGCGGCUUGGCUUCCCGCGGGGCCCUCCACCCGUGACUUCUAAAGCACAAUCCUCCCACGACCACCCCAGCCCGGCCGUCCCCGAGGACGUUCCUACGGCUCCCCGUCGGUCCCAGCAGGCGCCGGUUCCACGUCCACCUCCCCCCGGACAACGCAGAGCUCAGGACAGGCGAGGCAGGUCUGAAACGCGGGGCAGCCGUUCCCGAGGCGGGUUUCUCCUGAGCUCCCGACCCGGUGCCUGCCGUGUGCUGGCCACACCGCCCCGCCAGAACGGAGCACAAAGCCUGGCACUAAAGAACCCCCCAGACCCCGGUUUGAAACUCAGGCGUGGUUUUUGUUUUUAAAGGAGAAAAAGAAAGCUCGAAUUUUACGUUUUCCUUUGUUUCCUUGGUUUUAACUCAACCAGCUGGUUCUUGGAUCAGAGCAAUUCAGUUCCCUCGAGCUCAGAGUAUCAAGCACAAAGCCGUAGCUACAGCCCGGGGCUCCCCGGGGCCGUGCCAGCUGCGGCCCGACACCCCGGGAGCGCCGCGGAGACCGCAGGAGCCCCAAGCACAGCUGGCAGCUCCUCCCAAGGUCUGUGUUUGCACCUCAGGCACACUCAGGAGGUCGAUGG